GGAGGAAGAGGCGGCGGCGGCGGCGGCGGACCGGACCUCGGGGUGUCGCCGCCCCCACAGGAGGAGCCGGGCCGGCCGCGGGCGCCACAGCGCCGGGGCCCGGGGCCCGUGACAGACGGGCCUAGGAAGGGGAGAGGCGGCGGCGGCGGCGCAGGCGACGGGAAGGCGGCGGCGGCGACACCAUGUCAUCUCCCAGCCCGGGCAAGAGGCGGAUGGACACGGACGUGGUCAAGCUCAUUGAAAGCAAACAUGAAGUUACAAUCCUAGGAGGACUCAACGAAUUUGUAGUGAAGUUUUAUGGACCACAAGGAACACCAUAUGAAGGUGGAGUGUGGAAAGUUAGAGUGGAUCUUCCUGAUAAAUACCCUUUCAAAUCCCCAUCUAUAGGAUUCAUGAAUAAAAUUUUCCAUCCCAACAUUGAUGAAGCGUCAGGAACUGUGUGUCUAGAUGUAAUUAAUCAAACUUGGACAGCUCUGUAUGAUCUUACCAAUAUAUUUGAGUCGUUCCUGCCCCAGUUGCUGGCCUAUCCAAACCCCAUAGAUCCUCUAAAUGGUGAUGCUGCAGCCAUGUACCUUCAUCGACCAGAAGAAUACAAACAGAAAAUUAAAGAAUACAUUCAGAAAUAUGCAACAGAAGAAGCACUGAAGGAACAGGAAGAGGGCACUGGAGACAGUUCGUCGGAGAGUUCUAUGUCUGACUUUUCGGAAGACGAGGCGCAAGACAUGGAGUUGUAGUAGAAAAGGCCACCUGCUUUUCAGAAAGACUAUUAUUUCCUAACCAUGAGAAGCAGACUAUAAUAUUCAUAUUUAAACAAAGCAAUUUUUUUUAUUACUAAACAAGGUUUUUAUGAAUAAUAGCAUUGAUAUAUAUAUAUUAUAUAUCACCCUUUAGAUCUUGAUUUCUUGGUCAUUUCUCAACCUGAGGUGCAUAGCAUAUUCCCACAUUCCAUUUUGGUAGCAAUAUGCAGCCUGAAUGCAUGCAUUCAUAAGUCCAUUUGGCCAAGUCAACUUGUACGCUACUGAGCUGUCAAAGAAAUAGCUGCUCUGAUAGGUAGAUGUGAGAACAGAAAAAUACUGCUUCCUUUAUUGGUGGUUCCAAAGAAACAAACCAAAUCAACCAACCAACCCUUGGACAUUAAGAUAGACUAGAGCUUUUUCAAAGUAAAGAGGAAAGACUUGGGGAGGGAGAAGGCCUGAUGUAAGCAUGCUUAGAGAGACAACAACCCAGUAGCAGUGAUGCUCCUUCCCAUUGGUGUUGGCGCCCUGUUUUAAAUGGAGUGACCGUAACUGAGUACAGGGAGCUAUCUAUCCUGGAGUAUUGACGCUUAAAGGAAGGUUUUUUGACUUGGAUUUUAAGUACUUUUUUAUAUGUGGAUUCCUGCCCUUCAAGCUACAGGGCCCUGCAACCACGGGUGUAUUUGCUUUGGGGACCUUUUGAAAUCCCUUUUCUGAACAUGACUCAUUUUCUUGAUCUGGAUUCUGAGCUCCAUCCCUUUUGUGGGCAGAGGGGGAAAAGGAGGGAAAUGACAUGGAUAGUGCUUCAGUUCAUUCAGAGCACAUGCAAAAUUAGACUCUACUUCUUUGCCAGUUUGAGACUGCUACCCUUGACCGAGAGCUUUAAAGUUGCUCUUUCGUGCUUGAACUGUGUGUUUAGACAUAUGUUGCAAAUUGUACCUUCAUCUACCAGGAGAGGGUCUCAUCAAAACGAGUCAUUAUGCUGAGCAUUAGACCUGGAAAGAAUGGGCCAAUGGCCAUGAAUACUUCGGCACUCUCAUUUCAUGUGUUGUCUUUUUUUUUUUUUUCCUUUUUCCGUCCCUUGGCGGUGGCGUGAUUACCGUCUGUUCCCGGGAGUGGAGAGAGGAUAUUGCAGACCCUAACACACAUUCAGAAUUCUAAUUGAACACAAAUUUGAGCAAAUAAAGGUUAUUCCACCCAAAGUGAUUAGAAAUGGGGAAAACAAGUGCAAAUUUCUUCAGAUAUAGUUGAAGGACUCUUCUGAAGGGGAAGGGGGAGGGAAAUGGAGGGAAUAAAAUAUCUUCUGAUGUAGUAGAACAGGUUUUGAAGGUGGAUUUUUUUUCCCUGUUAAAUGUUGAGGGAAUCAGACACUUUAAAAAUGCCCGCCAAUCAGAUGUAAACUCAGCUAGCUACAUGUCCAGAGGUUGCCCACAAAGUUCCUUUCAGAUCCUAAUGUUGCCUACUGUAUUUUAGGGGAGUUUUGUGAAUCUUUUUAGACAGCCAGGAAAAUUUCGAUUUUUUUAUUUUGAUUUUAUUUUAUUUCAUUAUUAUUAUUAUUAUUAUUAAUAUUAUUAUUAUUAUUAUUUUGGUGCAACCAGUAAGGACAGUAGCAGAAUUAGCCAAUUUUGAGACACUUUAAAAACAAAUGUUUUGAAUGUCCCACGGGGCUUAUUCGGUAGAUUUUUAACAAAAACAAAAAACAAAACUUUUCUGAAAUGCGUUUUUAAAUUUAGAAGUACUGUAUUCCACAAGGUUUGAGUCAAUAAGGUUGGAAGAUAGCCUAUCUUUUUUUUUUUUUUAAUUCAAAAAGCACAAUCAAUCUCUUUUCCUUUGAAAAAAUCUAUAUAAAGUACAACUUGCUUUAGCAUGAUUAUUUUCCUAAAUAAAAAGACAUACAAAGAAUUUAUUUUACGUUAAUUACGGGCAUGACGCAAAAGGUUUUCUUUCCUUUUUAUUUGCUUAAAAUAAAAAAAAAAAAGUGCAGUUAUGUAGGGCUGUGGUUAGUUACCGUGCUGAAGUUAUCUAUCUAGCAUUUGUGGCUUGUUGGAAGGGUAGUAUUAACUAUUUAACCUGUAAUGGUGUACUUUAAACUCUUAUCUAGCACGUUGUAUUCUCAUUACUUUGGGGGAGGGAGGGUGUCUCUGCUGGCACUGUCUAACUUGCUUACCUGCUGAAUUAGCAGUUUGCUUGUGCUAUAACCUUUACUGUAGGUGCUAUUUAGGGGUAGGCUUAAAGUGCUGGGGUGGUGAUUUCAGUUAAAACAAUAAAAAAUUGUAUUUUUUCAAUAUUGUAUAAACAAUAGUGUUCUAAUUACCUUAAAUUUAUUUCCAGGUAACUAUUGUUUUUAAUCUAGUUAACAACCAGGUUGCCAGUCCAUAACUAGGUUUGGGGGCAUGUGAACCAGUAUACAUCUCGUCUCCAUGACCAAGGCCCAUUUCUUUAAUUAAACAGACAAGCCAACAAUUCCUUCUACUCUAAAGCACCAGCAUCAGAGGUUUUUAUAGUACAGGGUGCUCUCCUAAGUGAGACUCGUUCUGGAGACCGUAAGCCAAUCUGAGCAUUGCUUCAUCUUGUGUGUGGGUGUGUGUGGGUGUGUGUAGGUGUGUACACAAGUGUGUCAGUGAUUAGAUUUCUUAGCUUUCAGACCCUCUUGCCAUUGCUGUACAAAUUGCCAUAGUGUCCCUUCAGAUUGUACACAUUUAUGCUUUCUGGGGGACUAACUAUGGAUUUGUGCUUUUUUUUUUUUUUUUUUUUUUUUUUGGCUCUAGAUGGGACAUUUUCUUUAUAUGUGGAAACUGGUUUUCUACAUGUUAAAAAAGAUUGCCUAAUUAACAUUUCUUACGCCUGAUCUCUGCCCCUCUACUGCAGUCAAGGGAAGCUGCUCUAGGUGAUGAGGCCCACAGUGGUCCCAAGUCAUAAGAGGACUUUCUGUAUUUCAAGGGAACCCAAUGUCUUCCCUCCCUGCUCCCUCUUCUCCUCCCCUCCCCCUCCUCACAAAUAUGGCUGGGAGAGUAAGCCAAAGUCAAUUUCCCUACACCAACCAGCUCUGUCUGUGCUCCAAACCUUACCCGGUUUUUUCCUCCUCCUCCUGAUGAGAUUGAUACCGAGUUUUCCUAAGGAAAAGUAGACGCAGCUAUUGAGGUAACUAGCAGUGGCGUUCUGUUUUCCCUUUUCCCCCAUUUGGGCAGGACCUGUACUUUCUAAAACCCUAUCCUGUGGUUUUGUAGGACUGUGCCAUUCUCUGCCUGUUCUUGUGACUGAUCUUAAGCUCUGGCCAAACACCAACAAGCAGGAUGGUCUCAGCCCGGCAGCAUUCGAUGCGCUGUCCCCGGCCCUCCAUGGAGGCUGGUGGGUAGACUAGAAACAGGCACUUUGGCUUGUGUCCUUGGGUGUCCCCCUCUCCGAGGCCACCGUACAGUUAUACCCUGGCAUCUCAGACCUUGGAGAUGGAGGAGCCCCAAAAGUUGCCAUAUCUCACCAGGACCUAAUCUGCCCCCUCAAAAAAAACUUUUCUAAUUGCCAACAGGUUCAUGAUAAACUCAGAGAAGUGUUUAAUUUUGGAAAGGGAGUUUGAUCUCAACAUAUUCCUCAAACCUCCCAGUUCUCUUUGGUCUGAUGUUUUAUCUGUAUUAAGCCUCCUAUGCGGUGACUAGGGGGGACAAGGGUGAAAGGGAGGCAUCCUCUGUUAAUCCUGACCGGUGAAACAGCCACAGCUGGGCAAUGGCUUCUCCCCCGACUAAUGGUCCCGUCUCACGGGCUCGCCCAGGAAAGUGGGAAGGAACACAACACAACACUCGGAAAGGUUAGCAGGGUUUGUGUGUGGUGUGUUUGUGCGCGUGUGUGCCUGCGUGUGUUUUUUAAUCGGCACCCCAAACCAGUCCUCUGAAAUCAUCUUAGUUCAGAUUACCGGAGGGCAGCAAGUACUUCCCUCCCCUUAACCCAUGUUCAUUUCCCCCUGGCCGUGUGGAACAUUCACAGAAGAUUCUGGAAGGCAAUGGAUUUCUCACUGGAGCCUUGAGUCUUGUGGAAGGGUGUCUCAGGGCAUGUGGACAGAAUGAGCAGCUUUUAGCUAUGUGAGGACUCUCCACCAUCACCACUCGCCGCCCCAGGGCAGGGCCUGCUUGGGGCUCACCUCCUGGGGCAGGGUUGUAGGCCUCAUGAGAAAUGGCUGUUAUUUACUGACUGUAUUUGGUACCUAUUGUGUGAUACUUGAAGAGAUGAAAGGGGCUUCCGUGCCCUUCAUUGGAGUCUAAGAUUUUUAUCUUUUUUUUUCUCCUCCCCCCUCCCUACCACCUUUUUUUCUUGCAUUGUGAUGAUGUAGUGGGCACAUCUGUCAACAGGACGAAUGCCUCUUCUCUAAGACUAUAACCUCUCAAAUAGUUGUGUAUAAUGAAAGAACUGUAAACUUUUUUAAAUAAAAUGUAUAUACCUUGG